AUGUUCAGAUCUUCCCUGAAGGGGGCGCUCUUAUUAAGAAAAACUUGAUUUGGAAAAACAAAAAUUACAUUAAAUGAAACUUUAGACUAAACAUUCACACAUCCUGACGUUAAAUCAACUCGUUCCUGUCUCUCACGUUGUGUCUACUCAAAUUGUUGCGCACACACAGAGCACUGCUGUCAUUGGCUGUGAGGAGCUGAUGCCGGUGGGGAGCGCACUUUAUCCUGAGAGCGCGCGUCUCACUUCUCCCUCACAUGCGCGCUGCACCUCAGACCAGCAGGAUGAGACCCUAAAAACGCGAGGCUGGGAUGCGUCUUUACGCAGCGAAUUCUCUCUUUGUCCUUUUCUGAAUUGAGCCAUCUUGGAGGCGGAGUGCGCGUCUUGCGUCCACGAGCGCACAGCGCGGAAGCAAAAAAAAAAAAAAAGCAGCAGCCCAGAGGGCAGGUCUGCGUUUUAAAAGCGACAGGAGCUGCUGCAGGCGAGCAGACGGAGUCCUCUCCGCUGAAGGAGAAUCGCAGCGGGAGAAGUGAGGAGAAUUCUGCAGAACUUGGAUAUGGCGACUGGAAAAACGCUCGACCUGCUGAUUGGAGUUGUUUUAGUUUUGGAGUGCUUUGGGACUAUGCAAGUGGAUGGAAAUGGAGGACAUGGAUCACAACUACUACACAUCAAAAACCUACAACCCCUCCGAUCCCAUGAGCAAAGACUUGUGGGUAAAUAUCGACCAGAUGGAGAAGGACAAAGUGAAGAUCCACGGGAUUCUGUCCAACACGCACAGGCAGGCUGCGAGAGUCAAUCUGUCCUUCGAUUUUCCUUUUUAUGGACACGCUUUGCGUGAAAUCACCGUGGCGACUGGAGGCUUCAUCUACACCGGCGACGUCAUCCAUCGGAUGCUCACAGCUACUCAGUACAUCGCUCCUCUAAUGGCCAACUUUGACCCAAGUCUCUCCAGAAACUCCACCGUUAUUUACUUUGACAAUGGGACGGCUCUGGUGGUGCAGUGGGACCACGUUCACCUGCAGGACAGCUACAACCUGGGGAGCUUCACCUUCCAGGCCACGCUGCACAACACCGGGAGGAUCGUCUUUGCUUACAAAGAGAUCCCCACUGAGGUGUCACGGAUCAGCUCUGUCAAUCACCCUGUCAAGGUGGGCCUGUCCGACGCCUUUGUGGUGGUCCACAAGAUCCAGCAAAUACCCAACGUGAGGCGCAGGACGAUCUAUGAGUACCACCGCGUGGAGCUGACGAAGAUAAGGAUUACAAACUCAACGGCCGUGGAAAUAAUUCCCCUACCGACCUGUCACCAGUUUACCAGCUGUAGCUCCUGCAUUUCCUCACGGAUAUAUUUCAACUGCAGCUGGUGCCAUCGACUCAACAGAUGUUCGAGUGGCUUUGACCGCCAUCGCCAGGACUGGGUGGACAGCAGCUGUCCAGACGAGACCAAGGAUGUGCAGUGCAACAUCGCGGACACCGCGCAGGCGCACCCCAUCACCCCCACGGCGUUCGCCAGAACCUCGCUCAUGAGGAAGGAGGUCACUGGAGGCGGUGACACGCCCCCCACCUCCCACCCUCCAACCAGCCUCACCACUGAAGAUGACACCAAGAUUGCACUUCAUCUUCGAGAUAACCAAGUGAUGCCAGCCAGCAGUGCUGUCCACAGGAUGACAGGAACACACCCGCUGCACACCGGCCUGAUCCUGGGAAUAUUGCUGCUGAUGCUGGUCAUGAUCGCAGGCGUACUGAUCACUAUCUACGUGUACCAUCACCCGACCUCUGCAGCCAGCCUCUUCCUCAUCGAGAGACGUCCCAGCAAGUGGUCAGCCAUGAAGUUUCGCCGAGGGUCGGGUCAUCCCGCCUACUCAGAGGUGGAACCCGUGGGUCAGGAGAAGGACGGCUUCAUUGAGUCGGAGCAGUGCUGAGGGCGGAGGGACAUCCGUGUCCCCACCCACCUAGACACCUGCCCUGUCAGGAGCCUUCAGGAUCAGACUCGUUAAAAACUGUUCAUCCACAGACGGGAUAGGAAACCUCCUGACCUGCCAGGACUGAUGGAGAGAUCGGCCUGACGUGGAAAAACUUUUUUAAGACUGCAGUCGGGCGACCGUGGAGAGUCUGUACAGCCUCGUUUCCUAGACUGGUGUGUAAAAAGGGGUGGAGGACAUCUACAAUAUAUAUUUUCAGAAACAAAACAGAAGCUUUUAUUGGUGGUGAGGUUUUACAGCUUUGUAUUCCUUUGGUUUUUACUGGUUUUUCCUUUCGGCGUGUUGCUUCAAAGGGGUCGGCACACUUAUCUGUACAGGCUGUCUGUAAUGCUUUUCGGUACGUCGCAGGCGUAAUUGACUUUUCCACAGCUCGCUCUGCACUAAGAGCCGCGGCGGCAGCUGUGCGAUAUGACGUGAGCUGAACUCACUGCAAUCAAUCACAGCUCGGAGAAUCGGCUCUGAACUUUCAGCAUCCACGCUGAAUUGGCUUGUGGUGUUUGGAGUUUCUGAUAAUGAAGUGUGAGUUGGUGUGUUAUUCUUCUGAAUGGGUGAGGGGAUCCUGGUUUCUCCGUCUUCAUUACUGCAGUGACAGUUUGUCCUUGAAGAGACUUUGCACAGUUUUUUUUUUUUUCUUUCCCCCCAUGCACAUUUUUUUCUUAUAAAAACUGACAUGUUUUUUUUUUUUCUUUUUUUUUUUUUUGCGAAAUUGCAAGACAGGUGCUUGUGAGAUUGAAUUUACUUUCUUAGGUUGAAGUGACAGUAAGGGUGAGGUGUUCACCUGCUUUAGGCUGUGGUCACAAAUACAACUGCCCCUGAGCAAUGGGGAGGCAUUGGCAGAAUCUUCAAGAUUUCAUCCUGUCACCAUAUUUAAAAAAAAAUCAUAUGUAUGGUCAUGAAUGUAAACGGCGACAGUCAGGCAGCAGUCAGGCGGCAAAUAAGCAUCAGUUAGGCGGCAGUCAGAUGGCUGUCAAGUGGCAUUCAGAUGGCAGUCAGGUGGCAGUCAGGCAGCAGUCAGGUGGCAUUCAGCCGACAGCCAAGCGGCAGUCAGGUGGCAGCCAAGCAGCAGGCAGGUGGCAGUUAGGCGGCAGUCAGCCUGCAAUCAGACGACAGCCAAGCGGCAGUCAGGUGGCAGCCAAGCAGCAGGCAGGUGGCAGUCAGGCGGCAGUCAGCCUGCAAUCAGACGACAGCCAAGCGGCAGUCAGGUGGCAGCCAAGUAGCAGGCAGGUGGCAGUCAGGUGGCAGUCAGACUGCAAUCAGGCGGCAGUCAGGUCGCAAUCAACCGGCAGUCAAGUGGCAGUCAGGAGGCAGUCAGACUGCAAUCAGGCGGCAGUCAAGCGGCAGUCAGGUAGCAGUCAGGCGGCAGUCAGAGGGCCAAUAGGCUGCAGUUAAACGGCCAUCAGGCGGCAGUCAGGUGGCAGUCAAGCAGUCAUCAGGCGGCAGUCAGGUGACUCUGCAGAAUGACCCACUUUUUAUACACCCCCGGCUGGUGACACUUGACAUCAGGAGACAUUUACACAUCUUCCAGUCAGAGCUACCAGCGAUCUGCCCAGUGGAUGCCCAACUGUCGCCCAAUUUUGUAAUGACUUCAUCAUUUCCUGUCACUGGACUACAAAGAGCAUAACCUCGAAAAGUGCCCGGGCGACCAAUGCCAACUUUUAGAGAAAAAUUGUCUGGUCGCUGUAAAAUUUUAACCUUUCUUAAAAACUCUGUGGCCGCCGUGCGGCGUGUAAAAAUGUGACAGCCGCUUCCCAAUUACAAAUGCCGCAGCACAGCCAUUGGAUUUUGGAUAUGUGACCAUAGUCUUACAGGUGCGUAUGUAUGAGUACUCUUUAAAAAACCUUGAUUCCUUUCGUUUAAAGGUACCUGGUAUCUGUUAGCGAGCUAGCAACACACCCCUCAUUUGUUUGCCCACAGUUGUUUCCCUCAUGUCCUAAUGUAAAUAUUGAGACCCAGACAUUUGUAAUUUCAGGUAAAACAUGGCAAACAUGGGACAGUUUUGAUUUGUUCCUUAUUUUUUACGGGUGGCCUUUUUUUUGUCUACUUUUUUACUUAAAAUGCAAAUACAAGAUCGCUAUAUAUAACCAUCGAUCUGUGCUGUUCAAGAAAAAAAUUCAAUUUGUUUUUUUCAUCAAUGAUUGUUGAUUCCUUGUAGAAGUGAUAGAGAUCAGUCGCUUUGAGUUCUGAUGAAAAAGAAUAAAAAAGUGCAAUAUUUCA